AAUUUCAUGUUUUUAUUUACCUAAAUGUCACUUUUAAAUAUAUCCCUGCCACUGGUGUAACGUCAAGUUGGCGUCACCAAAACUCAUUCUCUAGCUUACCUGGAGCCUGUGUCAAUGCUCACAACAUCGAAGCGCAUGUGAUCUACGUGUUAAAACUCAAAUCUCCUGCAAGCGCCUAUUCACGAUGAUAUUUUCCGAUCCGUUUCUCUUUGCGCUGUCGCUCAUCGAUACCGGCGCGAUUCUCUUCUUGCAGAUCUACUUUAUCAUAAUCCUAACAGACUUGGAGUCGGAUUAUCUCAAUGCUCAAGAAUGUUGCUCCAAGCUGAAUUUUUGGAUCACACCAAAGCUCAUGGCACACACAGUCCUGCUAACACUGCUGUUGUUUCAUGGUCAUUGGCUGCUUGCAUUUGUUAACAUUCCGCUGGCUGGCUGGUUGAUCAGGGAAUUGUUUCACAUCCCCAGAGGGAAUCUGGGGGUGUUUGAUCCUGCUGAGAUUCAUAACGGGGGCAGGCUGAGGAAGCACUUGAGAGAUUGUAUGAUAUACUUGGGAUAUUAUCUGCUUUUUUUCUUUGUAUAUCUAUAUUGCAUGAUUGUAUCACUCUUGGAAGGUGAUCCGAUCAACAGACAUGAAGAGGAUAUGAUUGUGCAUUAGACACAUCACUUGCCACCUUUAGUUUGAUUCCGUAACCAAACCAAAAAUUACCUCGACUAAGUUGUUUGUGUUUCUUUCAUAGGUGCACUGCUUUGCUUGCCUGCAAAUGAAUUUAAAUGUAAGCAAUAAUUUAUUGUGUACGUGAUUCUUUCUCGUAGUUUGUUUAAACUCUAAAAAACAACUAAUUCGAUUUAUAAUCGAUAAUAAAUGAAGUUGAAGAAAGCAAAA